AGAAAAGAUCUGGCAUCCAAAGGGGACCCAGAUGCUCCACGGACCACUCAGUCAUCGGCAAUUCCUUUGAUAUGGCAAGCUGCUCAAAUGAACGCUAUCAAGUGCUUGGUGUGGCUUUCAGGACCUGGUCCCCUGGAAGCAUAUACUGAGUACAUGGCUACAUCCAAAGACGAGCAUGCGUCCUCUUUGAAGCGCAUGAAGGAUUUCGAGCAGAGAUUACCAAUCCUCCUUGGCGCCACGCCUACUCAACUAGGGGAACAUGUAGUAUUUGCACAUAUUAAUAGCGGAGAAGUCAAGAAAGAAACAUUAAAGCACCUAUUCGACAUCUUCGCUAAAGACGCGACCGUAUUCGUACACAAAAAAUUGGAGGGCCUCGAGGUGACCCCUCUCCUUUAUAUAUGCGGACAAAAUUUCAACGAAGAUAUCUUUGAUUUCUUCUUCGAGCGUGGAGCAGAUGUUCUCAAUUCAACUUACGAGAGAGGCUAUGUGAAACUUAUGAAGCAUGUAUUCACGAGGCUUAGCCAGGAUCAGUUAUCUACCUUGCUUUCACAAACCACCCGUCGCAAGUUGAACACGCCUCUUAUGAUUGCGAUCAAAACUGGAAACCUUGAAGUUGUUGAAUUUUUACUAUCAUUCGACCAUCCCGUCACCAACGCAUCCCUUUUGGCUCGAGAUGCGAACGGCUCUCUACCAAUUCAUGAGGCAACGAGCAAGGAAUACCACAAAAUCCUCGAGCUUAUGUUGCGAUCGAAGUCGGCUCAGGCCAUGAAAGCACUCUUUACAGAAAACGGAAUCGGGUCCACCCCUUUAGAAAUUGCGACCUUCAAAUACCUCCUCAGCUUCGAUAGGAAACUCCAGAAUGACAUCAAUGGCAACGCUGCGGUCCAAUACACGAUACCAUCUCCGGUCAUAGCUAAUCUUUCCUCUGGGCCAUGGUCUAAUGCUCGUCACUUGCUGCAAGGGUUGAAACAAAUAUUGGAGCAACUACCCCAAAUCAAUCGGACGACAAUUGACGAAUACCGAGCCUUGGAGAAGAUUGUGGUCUCUGUAGAUGAGGAAGGGCGCCUUACCAAUUCGCCAACUUUGCUUCAAGUCUUAAGGGAAUACAUUGAACGGAGUGCGAUUGCCUUGGAAGACUCAAACACGGCUUUGGCACAAAAAAAAAGAGCUUAUGACGAACUUACGGCUAUAUAUACCUCUGCUGAAGCUGCUGUCAGCCCCUCUGUACUUGGCCAAACCGCCAGCAAUGAUUACACGCUUAACAGCCUAUUCGGAAGACAUCUAUAUGGUAAUCGUAUUGGAGCACAGAGUACGACUGGUCAAGAUGUUGGGAUAACAUAUAAUGUGAUCAGGAGCGCUGUCGAAUCUUCUGGAUUGAAGAGGCGCAGGGGCCUUGUCCAUCUGCUCGAUGCUCAAACAGCCGUCAAUUCUGCCAUGGAUAUCGCUAUCAAUGCCCCCAAUCGGGAUCCCGGCUUCACGUUUGGACAAACCCAAGGCUAUUCGGGUUCAUUCCGCCGUAGACAACGCAAUUUCGCAAAGAUGGAGGCCCUGGGCCCGGAGGAAGAUCAGAGCAACAAAUUCAAUUACAUAUUGAACUAUAGCUCCAUGGUCUCCAUUGGCGUUGAAUAA